UGGUCGGUCGCGCUGUCACCAGGGAACAGUGGCUCGCCGGCGACCAGCUCCGCCAUGACGCAGCCGAGCGACCAGGCGUCCACGAGCUCGUCGUAGUCCGGCUUCCCCAGGAGCAUCUCCGGAGCCAUGUACCAGAGCGUGUCGGCCUGACCGCGCGCGGCGGAAACGGCCAGCCCGAGGUCGUAUAUCUUCACCACGCCAUCGCCACCGACGAGGAUGUUCCCGGGCUUGAUGUCCCGGUGGACGAUACCGCGCUCGUGCAUCUUGCCGGCGCCGCUCAGCAGCUGCCGCAUGACGCGCCGCGUCUCCUCCUCAGCGAACCGCCCGCGGCGAUCACGCAGAACGCGGCUGAGGCUCGGGCCGACGUGGUCCAGCACGAGCCGCAGCAGGUCGCGCCGGUGGCGCGGUGGCGCGCCGUGACGACAACGCCGUAGUGGAUUGAAACGUGGCGCGCGGGCAACGCGUGGUGCGUGUUUGCCACUCCUCAAUCGGAUUCCACUGGAGCGAAACGCGCUUCCGAAUUCGACCGGGAGUGGAGUAUGGUCACCGCCUCGCCGGGAGAUAUAAGCUGCAUUGGGGGCCUCGCGGUAGGCGAUCGCCUUCUUCCUUCCCAAUUUCCCCAUCCAAUCCUCCCCACUCCCCCAUCCAAUCCAAGAUCGAUCGCAGGAGCAGCUCGCGGGAAAGCCGCCGCCGCCAUGGCCGCGCAGAUGCUCCGCCGGUGGAAUAGCUUCUACGGCGCCUUCGACCCCGUGGACGCCGCCAUCGAGGCCGCCGACCCAGACCAAUUUUCCCGCCACGUGUUCCAGCGCGCGAGGGGGGACCUAUUGGUAGGGCUCUGCAACGCCGCCGACAACGACCAGGCGGAGCGAAUCUGCGGGAUUCUCGACGACCUCAUGGCAGAGUCUCUCGAGACGCUCAGGGUGGUUCCAUCGACGCCGGAGGUGCCCAUCCCCACGGAACUCGCCGAGUCUGUGCGCGCGCUGCGGGAACACGACUCGGAGCGCGUCCGCCUCCUCGCGCGCGGCAUCGUGAGCGGGUGGGAGACCUCCAUCCAGGACGAGGUCGCCAAGGUCACACCAGCCAUGAAGAAGCUGCCGCAGCCCAAGGCGACCGUCGGCCAGCAGCAGCGUGCCUCCGCCGAUCCUGACGUGAAGGCGAAGCGACCUCCCAAGAUCGUCGGCGAGCCGUUGUCCAAGAAGACGGCUGAAAUCAUCAAAAAGGUGUCCGAUCCUGCCGCCGGCUUCGUCGACAGUGAUCGUGCCGUGUUCUGCUCGGAGGAGAAGAUGGAAGCCGCAAAGCGCAAGCUCCGCCAGGGUUACCAAGAAGCAGAGGACGCCAAACGGCGGCGCAAGACGCAGUUGGUUCAGGCGCCCAAGAUGAUGCAGCCAAUCAGGAGGUGCAGCAGCUCCAUGGUCAAGAAAACCUUCGCGGUCAGGACGCAGCUUCACGUGUAGCUCUAGUCAAGAAACUACUGUAGUAGAUCCAGAACUAGUGUCCUGGUCACAUAUUAUAUGUAAUCCUUCUUCUCGAAUCUCGAACAUGCCAUACUGCAGUUGAAACUAGCACUACUGCAAAUGUAGUUGCUCGUAGCUCGUAUGCAUGUUAUGUAUGUGAUCGGAAGAAGUUGAUGAAUUGAAAGCAAG